CAACAUUUCUCCCUUCGGUCGGUGAUAGCCACACUAUUUAACGACAGUUUUGAUGACUGGUCGCAAGUGUAUUGUUUACUUCAGAGAAGCCAUUCGGUAAACAGACAAUCUAGUACUGUGUAUUUGUUUGUUUGCGAAAUUGUCAGAGACAAGAUCUGCGUGCGAAGCAAUCUUCAGUGAUGUACAUUCCUUUGAUUAAUCAAUUGGCUUUAUUAUUCGGGCUGUCGAACACACAUACUAUCAUUAUUUCCUGCAAACGUUUCGUGUUAACAGUUGGCACUAGCGGCCAUAUUGACUAGCGCCAACGCAUGCCAUUUAUCUUUCAACAACAGCAAAAUAUCAAACUAGGAUUUAGGAAUCUCUCAUCGUCUGCCACUAUCGGAGGAGUACACCUGUUGCCCACGCUUCUUACGCGAAAAGAAGACACCCGAGAGGCGCGAAUAAACACGCGUACAACAAUAAACAAACAAAUAAAAACCGAAAUAAAUUACAACGUGCCGAAAGAUGACAUCACCGUGUCAACACGACCGCCGCCCCGGGCCACUUUUGUCGAGAGUGUCACUUGCCCUGUUAAUACACGAACACGAGCAUGGAAGUUCAUUUUUGUGCAUCUAAUAUACAAGGAAAAUCUUUACAUUCCCGAUGCCUUCGAAUAUAGAGUCGAGAAUGAACGUACGCAGUGGAUCAAAAAGUAAACAUCAACAUCAACAAAAAAC